GGAGCUGUUGAAAGAGUUCCAAGUGCCGCGCCGCUACUUCGAGACGGCGUGGAAGGGCACCCAGCGAGUGGAGCUGCUGGCUUUCUGCGAUGCCUCGCCAAAAGGUGGCUCUCCAGCCCAACAGGUCAACCUGUCGCAGCUGCGGAGCCGGAGCCAGAGGCGCCACGGCUACUGGGUGAGGAGGCUGUUCUGACAGCGACUACUCCGGCCCCGUGUUCGCUCGACUUCCAGCGCUGUGGAUCCUUCUCCAAGGCGGUGCGCGUCACAGCCUGGGUGAGGAGGUUCAUUCGGAACGCCAGGACGCCUGGUGCAGGCGCUCGAGGUAAGGGGCCCAGAACGCGGCAGAGUGCCGCUAAACGGCUUCAGCUGGAGUUAGACCCUGACGAGAUUGUGCAAGCGAGACGUCAGCUGCUAGUCCUGGUACAGGGUGAGGCCUACCCGGACGAGCUGAGAGCACUGCGAUCGGGCAGAGACGUCGCGAAAGGGUCGUGCCUGUACCGUCUCGUGCCAUUUGUUGAUGAUGACGGACUGAUCAGGGUGAACAGCAGACUGCAGAUGUCUGAUCUGUCCUACGACGAGGUUCAUCCCGUCGUUCUGCCGACCUGUCACGUGUCGGAGCUGCUAGUCCGUGAGCAGCACUUGCUGAUGCGACACGCUGGCGUGUCUGCCCUAAUCAGCUCACUCAGAGGGUCGUAUUGGAUUUUCGGACUGCGACGCCUCGCAAAGAGAGUGAAAAGGGGAUGUGUUCCAUGUCAAAGGCAGGAUACUCGAGCAUGCAACGCGCCAGUGGCGCCGCUUCCGAAGUCGAGGGUGACUGAGGCACCCCCGUUUGCUGUCACCGGCAUAGACUUCGCAGGGCCGGUGUUCUGUGUAGAUGAGCCGCGCAAAAAGUUGUACGUGUGCCUGUUCACAUGUGCGGUAACCAGGGCAGUGCAUGUAGAGCUGGUAGACUCCCUGUCUUUAGAGGACUUCAUGCUGGCGCUCAGGCGUUUUGCAGCCAGGAGGGGAAUGCCCACUGAGAUUUACUCCGAUAAUGCUGCGACGCUGAAGGGCGCUGAUUCUCUCUUGCAGAGACAGUUCGGACAUUUGGCACCGGCGUGGAAGUUUAUCGUCCCACUGUCCCCCUGGUGGGGAGGAUGGUGGGAAAGACUGAUUAGGUCGGUUAAGUCGGGACUAAGAAAGGCGCUAGGUAAGCGCUGCCUGACGAGGAUUGAGUUGGAGACGCUUCUCAGCGAGGUCGAGUCCUGCAUAAACUCGCGUCCAUUGGUCUAUGCUGGUGAUGAUGCGGAUGCGACCGAACCCUUGACUCCCAGUCACUUUCUGAUAGGCAGGGGGUCCGGCUUUCAGCCGGGAGAGCAGUUAGAUCCAGCUGCAGCAGCGCGACAGUCGCUGCCGGCUCGCGCCAGACUUCGUAAGGAGCGCAUGGAUCGGUUUUGGGAAGUUUGGUCGUCCGCCUACUUGCGUCAGUUACCCACUUCCGUUCGCCAAUUCCGCCAUCACGGUAGCUUGAGGGUAGGCUCAGUCGUUUUGAUUCAUGAGAAGAACGUUCCGCGCUUGAUGUGGCCGGUUGGUGUGGUUGUGCGGCUGUAUAAAGGGUCUGAUGGUGUCGUACGAUCCGCUGACCUACGUACAGCGAAGGGUGUCCGUACUCGCGCGAUUCAGUGUCUCCACGAUCUAGAGUGCGAUUAGAGAGUGGAGCGUCUGGUUAGGCUUUCAGACAGAGUCGUCUCUCUUUCGUUGUAGUUAAGUGUAUCCUUGUGUGUGUAUACUGACCGGGUUUGUUGAUCAGUUGUGUGCUAAUGCACUCGUCAUUUCUGGCCAAGCUGAUGUGUUUCGCUAUUUGAUCUCUGUGUCAUGAUUGUUGCUAGGCCUAAAGUGUGUUGGAGUAUCACGUAUCGAUGUUCUCUAUACUCCAACGGGGCGGAGAAUGUUGUGAAAUGUGGACCAUAUUUAGUGCCGCCCGCCCCCCAGCGCUACCUGGUGCUUGUUUGGUCACCUCCCCAGCGCCACCUAUUGGCUCUGUUUUAGGAUGGAGCAGAUUGCGGGUCAGAUUCUGUGGACGGUGGCGCGCCUCUGGUGAGGAAGGUGUGAACCACAGGGCACACGUGGCACACUGACCCAGUUUUGCAUCAGCUGAUCGCCGCAAUAAACCAGUUGACGGU